UUCACACGCACGCAUACACACACACACACACACACACAGAGAAACGAGUUUAAGCGGAACACUAUAGACAUACAGAAAAACCCGAGACUGAACCGCGCGAGUUUAAUUCUAUUCUUCAUUUACAGAAAGGCAGAAACCCGUCGUGAUGUCUCCUGAUUCAGCCACAGGGUACAGUUAUGAGGAGUGUAAGACCACAGCUGAUUGGCUGCUGGCUCAGGCUCCAGUGCGUCCCCUGCUGGGGGUCGUGUGCGGCUCCGGUCUCGGAGGUCUGGCAGAGAUGCUGAAAGAUCAGCUGGUCAUCAAGUACAGUGACAUCCCUAACUUCCCUCAGAGCACCGUUCAUGGUCACGCUGGAAGGCUGGUGUUCGGCACACUCAAAGGAAAGCCGUGUGUUUGCAUGCAGGGCAGGUUUCAUCUGUAUGAAGGAUACUCCAUUCAGAAGACCACCAUGCCGAUCCGUGUGUUUAAGCUGAUGGGAGUGGAGACGGUCAUCCUGACCAACGCCGCCGGCGGACUCAACCCGGACUUCACCGUGGGAGACAUCAUGGUCAUCAAAGACCACAUCAAUAUUCCCGGAUUCGCUGGAAACAACCCGCUAGUGGGAGCAAACGACGAGAGGUUUGGCGUGCGUUUCCCGUGCAUGUCGGAUGCGUAUGACCGCGGUCUGCAGCAGCUGGCUCAUGCGGUCGCGGCGGAGUUGGAUUACUCUGGCUUUAUGCAGGAAGGUGUGUACAGUGUGUUGGGCGGCCCGUCCUUCGAGACCGUCGCCGAAUGCAAAAUGCUGCGCUUUCUUGGAGCCGACGCCGUGGGCAUGAGCACGGUUCACGAGGUGAUCGUGGCGCGCCACUGCGGGAUGAAGGUCGUGGCUCUGUCUCUGAUCACCAAUCAGGCGGUGAUGGACUACGACAGCGAGAAGAAAGCCAAUCACGAGGAGGUUCUGCAGACGGGCGAGCUGAGAGCGCAGCAGAUGGAGAAACUCGUCUCCACCAUGGUCUCCCGCAUGGAGCUGCCAAACAACCAAACACUAAAUCACUGACCGCAGACCGUCCACACGCACGCAGACCACCAGACGCUCGCUAACAUCAUGAAUUCUAGUCAUAUAGUCAUAUAUUUUUUCUUUACAAUGUUUACAUUCCAGGGAUGAAGUUAAUGUUAGGGAACAUUUUUCCAUCAAACAAACCUGAACAAUGAAUGGAGAGAUUUGAAACAGUCAUUGACAGCUGCUCCUGUCAUUGCUAAAGUUAGUAUGAUAUCACUGUUUUAAUAUUUAUUUAUUGUGUUCAAACAUCUUAAACGUGAUUUAUUUAAAACUUAAGUUAAAGAAGUGGGAAAUAAUUAGUGUUGUCAAAAGAUUAAUUGCGAUUAAUCACAUCCAAAAUAAAAGUUUUUGAGUGUGUACUGUGUACACAUGCAUGUAUAUAUUUAAGAAAAAUAUGCUACGUUUAUAUAUUAAAUAUAUUUAUAUAUAAUACAAAUAUAUAAAUGUAUAUACAUGUAAAUAUUUUCAAAAUAUAUACUGAAUGUGUGUGUAUUUAUAUAUGCAUAAUAAAUAUACACAGUACACAUACAUAUAUUAUGUAAACAAAAACUUUUAUUUUGGAUGCGAUUAAUCAUGAUUAAUCAUUUGACAGCACUAGAAAUAAUACAUAAAAUAUGUCCAGUCAUGAAGAAAAUUUGGAUUUUUGUUUUUGAAUAUAUAUGUAUAAAAAAAAAGAAUAUAUUUUUUAAAAGAAUAAUGUUACUGAUUUCACUGAGGUACUGAACUUAAAGAUUACUGUAUUUAUGUAUUUAAGUUGUUUAAAUUGCACUAACGAUGGAGUAUUUUGGUGUUUUAUGUGUCAGUUUUAAGAUCUGAAUCGCUGUUUUACUGACUUUCACCAGCACUUUCCCCAAAAAACAUUUAUUUUAUUGACCUGAAUGUUGAAAUUGCACUUCAAGCUUUGUGUUUUAUAGAUGUUUCCGUGUGAUCUGCUUCAAUGCAAUAAAAAAACAAUGUUGUACCAACA